AACAAUGAUAUUCGGUUCCUGAAGCACUUACGGUUCAUCUGCAGCAAACGGAGAAGAGAGGGGUAGAGAGAAUCGUACCUUCUCCAACAGCGUGUGAGGGAGAGUCAGAGCGAGAGAGAGAGAGGAGAGCGAGCACCCAAGAGAACGACUGAGAAAGAUAGCGACGGGAGGAGGCAAUAGGGCUGUGGAGUAAAAACAACGGCUGGACCUUCAUAUAGACGCAACUGCGCCUUUGACAAAGUCUCUGUUUCCACACAUCAACAUGUCAUCGUCUGGAAAAGACAACAGCGGUGCCCAACAUGCCAAUUACGUGGGACCCUACCGCUUGGAAAAGACGCUCGGAAAAGGACAGACAGGUGGAGCGGGAAAUAGCCAUCCUGAAGCUCAUAGAACACCCGCAUGUUUUAAAACUGCACGACGUCUACGAAAACAAGAAAUACUUGUACCUGGUCCUAGAGCAUGUGUCUGGGGGAGAGCUCUUUGACUACCUGGUGAAGAAAGGCAGGCUGACACCCAAGGAGGCCAGAAAGUUCUUCAGACAGAUCAUCUCAGCCCUGGACUUCUGCCACAGCCACUCUAUCUGCCACAGGGACCUGAAACCUGAGAACCUGUUGUUAGAUGAGAAGAACAACAUCAGGAUAGCAGACUUCGGCAUGGCCUCUCUGCAGGUGGGAGACAGUCUGCUGGAGACCAGCUGUGGAUCUCCACACUACGCGUGUCCAGAGGUCAUCAGGGGGGAGAAGUAUGAUGGGAGGAGAGCAGACGUGUGGAGCUGCGGGGUCAUUCUCUUCGCCCUGUUGGUGGGAGCUCUGCCGUUUGACGAUGACAACCUGAGGAACCUUCUGGAGAAGGUGAAGCUGGGAGUGUUCCACAUGCCCCACUUCAUCCCUCCAGACUGCCAGAACCUGCUGAGGGGCAUGAUCGAGGUGGACGCCACCAAGCGUCUGACGUUAGAUCAGAUUCAGAAGCAUACGUGGUACAUAGGAGGGAAGAACGAGCCAGAGCCGGAGCAGCCCGUACCCAGGAAGGUGACCAUCCGCAGCCUGCCGUCCGCCGACGACAUUGACCCCGACGUCCUGGACAGCAUGCACUCCCUGGGCUGCUUCAGGGACAAGAACAAACUGAUGAAGGACCUGCUCAACGACGAUGACAACCAGGAGAAGAUGAUUUACUUCCUGUUGCUGGACAGGAAGGAGAGGUACCCAAGUCACGAGGACCAGAACCUGCCUCCUCGCAACGAGAUCGACCCCCCCAGGAAGCGUGUGGACUCCCCCAUGUUGAACCGCCAUGGCAAGAGGAGACCAGAGAGGAAGUCCAUGGAGGUCCUCAGCGUGACAGACGGCGGUUCUCCCGUCCCAGCACGUCGGGCCAUCGACAUGACGCAACACGGACAGAGUAAGACUGUGUUCAGUAAAAGCUUGGAUAUCACUGACGCCAAUUCCAAAAGCAACAAGGAUGAAAGGUCACGGUCCAUCAGUGGAGCCUCCUCUGGUCUCUCCACCAGUCCUCUCAGCAGUCCACGGGUCACUCCCCACCCCUCCCCUCGGGGCAGCCCCCUCCCCACCCCCAAGGGAACGCCGGUGCACACGCCCAAGGACAGCCCGUCAGGCACGCCCAGCCCCACGCCCCCUCCCAGCCCGUCCUUCGGGGGCAUGCCCUGGAGGACACGCCUCAACUCCAUCAAGAACAGUUUCCUGGGCUCGCCACGCUUCCACCGCAGGAAACUCCAAGUCCCAACACAGGAGGAGAUGUCCAGCCUAACACCGGAGUCUUCCCCGGAACUUGCCAAGAAGUCGUGGUUCGGUAACUUCAUCAGCCUGGAGAAAGAGGAGCAGAUCUUCAUCGUGAUCCGAGACAAGCCUCUGAGCUCCAUCAAGGCCGACAUCGUCCACGCCUUCCUCUCGAUCCCAAGUCUCAGCCACAGUGUUAUAUCCCAGACCAGUUUCCGGGCAGAGUACAAGUCCACAGCAGGUCCCACCGUGUUCCAGAAGCCGGUGAAGUUCCAGGUGGACAUCACCUACACCGAGAGCACCGCUGCCACCAAGGAGAACGGCAUCUACUCUGUCACCUUCACCCUGCUCUCAGGACCCAGCCGACGCUUCAAGCGGGUGGUGGAGACAAUUCAGGGCCAGUUGUUAAGCACACAUGACCAGCCAGGGGUUCAGCAACUGUCUGGAAUCAUCCAGAAAACCUACUAGGCCCCUCCUCCUGCUCUCCACACCGUUCCUCCGUCCGCCCCGCCCUUCCUCAGUCUCCCUCUUCCCGGCCCC